AUGAGGGAGACCCCAACAGGACGCUUGAACCACAAUCUCAGGACCCCCACCCAGGGAGCUCCAGCCACAGGCACAGCUCCCCUGGCCCUCCCCCCCGCCCUUCCCUCUUGCCCAGGGCCUCCCAGCCACCCAGCAGAUUACCUCGAACCCAUCUCCAGCUCUAGGGGGCCGUGUGCCAGCCUCUCUGACCAGCCCACCUUGAGGUCUGGCUUCAAUCUCCAGGAUCAGGGUGAGGCUGCCCCUUCUCCAUGGGCCUGGGUCUCCUUCUCUGGUCAGGCAGCCAUGUGCUCCAAAACCAAAUCUGGGCAGGUCAGAGGCCAAGACCCCACCCAGAAUGAGAGCAGGGACCACCCUCGUCAUAGGGGUCAGAGGUCAGGAUUCCAGGUUGAGAGCAGGGACCAUUUCCAUUUUGUGAUCAGAGGCCAGGACCCUGAGAUGAGCAAGGACCAGCCCUUUGUUGGGUCAGGCCAGGACCCCAGGGUGAAAGUAGGGACCAUCUCUAUUUUAGGGGAUCAAGGCCAGGGCCCAAGGAUGAGAGCAGGGACCACUCCAGUUCGGGGAGGUCAGAGGUCAAGAUCCCAGGGUGAGAGUAGGGACCACCCCCUUGUGGCCAGAGGUCGAGAGCCUUCCCUCAGUUUGCCCCCAUAUCCCACCUCACCCCCAAGCCCUCAUGCGGCCAGCAGGGGUCCCUAG